UAAUCUCAAUGUAAAGAUUGAGUGGGUAUUUUUAACCCUUGGUUAACCCAAUUGAUUCACCUUAUAAUUAAUGCAUUGUACUACAAAUCUUAAUAUUGAGAUUGUGUGGUAUUUUCAACCUAGGUUAUUCUCUCCUUUAUCCAAUAUAAAUACCCAAGCAGGGGAUGACCACAACAUACCACAAACCAGUAUUCAGCAGCUGUAUUUUUAAGUUCAAAAGUUCAAAACCAGUGCAAUGGCAACCGCUUCAUCAGCACAAGGGAUGUGGUCCUUGCUCAAGGAUAUCGAUCACACAAAGACGACCUGGGCAAUCAAGGUUCGGGUAGUUAGGGCAUACGAAGUUCCUCCACACUCUAAGGGCGGGGAGACUCUUGAAAUGGUUUUGCAUGACGCAGAGGGAGAUCGGAUUCACGCCAUUAUCAAGAGGCCGCAGAUAGCAAUGUAUAAGCCUAAUAUUACAGAGAACAAAAUUUAUGCCAUAAGAAACUUUUUGGUGCUUGACAAUUACCAAAUAGUGAAGACUACAAGUCAUCCCUACAUAAUUCAGUUCAUCUCAAAAACCCUGUUAAGGGAAGAUACGAAGACGGAAAUUCCUAUGAUGGUCUAUGAUUUUCAGCCUUUUGAUAUGCUGCAUGCCCAAAGAGUUAUCAACGACAAAACUCUAAUUGAUGUUAUUGGGAAGGUUCUGUCCAAGAGCCUUAUCCAGACCCACAUAAUCAACGGGAGGACUGAUAGGCUAAUGGAGUUGACUUUGACAGACCCGGAGGGUAACAGAUUGGGCGCCGUAUUGUGGAACAAGUACAUAAACCAGUAUCUGGAUUAUGUUAAUGCUAAUGAAGGAGUGCCUGUCUUCGUGAUAUUUCAACUAUGUAGGCCAAAAAGAUACCAAGGGAUCUUGACAGUGAAUUCGUCUUUUGAUGUAUCAAAGCUCAUAAUCAACGGGAACACUACUGAGUUUUUAGAGUUCCAAAGCGAGUUUCCAGCAGAUGGUGAUGACACCACGACUCAAACCUGCAACACGCAAUGCUCACAUGCGGAAGGGAGGGAUGAUAUACUCGGUGGAAAUGCUGUCAUUACCACCAUGGAGGAUUUGAUGAAGGCAACUGAGGAGAAUGUUUAUUGGGUACUUGCUGAGAUAGUUUCUAUAGAAAACUAUCGAUAAUGGUGCUACCUAAGUUGCCCGACAUGCCACAAAAAAUUGCAACCAGAAGAGGAACGGUUUAGGUGUACAACUUGCAGCAUGUCUAUGGCAGAAGGAGUUUAUCGGUUCAUUACUUAACCUAAUGUGCUUUUAUGGGUGUAGGAUGUUCACGUUUUUAUUUUAGUAAUAAAAAUUGUUACUCUGAUGAUUCAGCUACAAGGUCAGUGUGUGUAUUAUGGACAACACAGGGUAUGGAAACUUCAUGUUAUGGGACAGGGAAUGCAUAGAAAUUCUGGGUAAAACUUCAGCAAGUCUUAAAGCCGAGGUGGAGAAGAAAACCGGGGAUCCAAGUCGCUUUCCGAAGACAUUGAAAACUUGGUUGAUAUAAAGGGAAUUUUCCAAAUACAGCUAAGGAAGAAGAAAGGUGAGGAAAAUGCCUAUAAUGAUGGGAUUUCUCUAGGGGUAGUUAGCAUCAUAAGAGAUCCUAAUGUUAUCUCAAUGUAUGAGAAGAAAGAGCACUUGGAAACUAAUGAAAUUGAUGAGAGUACACCAGAAAAGAUUGGUUCAAAUGCAAAUUUAGGAGAAACCUCCAUCAGAGAAAAAUCAACUGUCAGUAAGGGCAAGGGGAAACGAAUUUCGGCAGAAAAGGAGGUUUCUGCACCAAUUGAGCUUCCCGACACACCUACGGAAUGUACCCAAAGGGAGGUCAAUGUUGAAUUAAAUGAAGAGGUCAAAAGAAACUUGAAUGAUGAAUUUUCAAGCACUGGGAAUGGCAAGAAGCUGAAGAUCAAAAUCAAACAGGAACCGCUCUAGAGCGGGUUCAGUUCAUGAAUAACAUUGAUGAUAUUUUGUUGGCACCUACUAUGGUGUUUAUUGUUAUUUGAAAACAGUUUCAUGCACAGGACGUAUGCCUUCUCUUUUUGGGAUAACUGAAAACUGUGUAACAGACCAUUAAACACUACUUUAUGACUAUUGUGUGGUGUGCUAUUAUGUUUUGACUAUGUUCAGGAUGUUUUGUAUCUAUAUUGGGUAGUUUUGCAGGAUUUCAGAGAAGGGAUAUUCCUAAACCAUUUAGGGAAGUUUAUGCUCAUAAUAUCUUUGUAUUUUAUAAACAGACCUUUGUUUUCACACUAACGCUUUGCUAAUGGUUUUCAGGAUGAUGAAAAAGUUUUGGGUUAAGAAAAAUGCUACCAAUGGUGUGAAGAAUGGCUUAACUGCUAGACGAGAGCAUGGGAUGGUGUGAAUAAACGAUUGUGUGGUGUGCUAUUAUGUUUAGGAUGUUUUGUAUCUAUAUUGGGCAUUUUUGCAGGAUUUCAGAGAAGGGAUAUUCCUAAACCAUUUGGAUGAUGAAAAAGUUUUGGGUUAAGAAAAAUGCUACCAAUGGUGUGAAGAAUGGCUUAACUGCUAGACGAGAGCAUGGGAUGGUGUGAAUAAUGGCUUAACUGCUAGACGAGGCAUGUGAUGAUGUGAAUAAUGGCUUAACUGCUAGAUUUACUAUGAAACAUGUAAAUGUGUAAACUCUAAGAGGCAUUACGUAAACAAGUCAAUGUGUACUCUUAUGAUUUCAAAAGUGUAACAUUUGGAUUGGAAAUUCUAAUACAAGUGUAUUACAUUUAAAAAUCUAUGCAAUAUUCUUUGGUUGCAAUUUGACAAUUGGC